GUGCCUACACCUAUUCUUUGCUUUUCCUUUGUAACGAUUUUUCGUAAGCAUUGUGGUUGUUGGAAUAUUAAGACUCGAGUCUAUAAUUAUGCAGUGAAAAUUGUCUUGUCAAAUUAAUCUUAUCUGGUAUAUUUGAGCUAAAGAAACUAUAAUCAUACUAAUAUGUCUUCGGUUUCAAUGGCUCCGGCACCGGGGAUGCAGCAGAUUGACCUGUCAAAGCUGAAUCUUCCACAGUUGGCCCAACUCAAACAGCAAGUGGAUCAUGAUCUUCAAGUCUUCCAAGAGUCUUUACAAGCUCUAAAGAUAGCACAAGGCAAAUUUGUGGACUCCGGGGAAACUGUCGAGAAGCUAACACCGGCUACAAAGGGGAAAACCAUCCUUGUUCCUCUGACUAGCUCUAUGUAUGUGUCUGGAACUAUAGCAGAUACCGAUAAUGUUAUUAUUGAUAUUGGAACUGGAUACUAUGCACAAAAAGAUAUCGAAGGAGCGAAAGAUUACUUCAAACGUAAAGUUCAGUUUGUAACUGAACAAAUGGAAAAAAUCCAAGUUUUAGGUAUUGAGAAGACAAAAGUAAAGGAUGCUAUUUGCAUGAUGAUGGAAAUGAAGAUUCAAGCACAGUCUGAGCCUCAGAAAGUCUCUUAAUUAUAACAAUAUUUACUGAGAAAUCUUUAAAUUGCUUAUAUUUAACCUUGUUAGUCUAACAAACACGCUGUUAAAUGUUGUUCAGUUGCAACUUAAGUCUUAGUACUAUAGUGUAGUUGAAACCUAAU